AUAACCCGUGACGCUGACGCACGCCUUCCUUCCCAUCCAAUAAUUGUUUCGAGGAGAGUCACGACGCGAGGGCCUCGGCUGGGGUUCUUGCAGCAGCUGCAGCAGCGGGGAGCGGCCGCGCACACACACGCACAGACCUUCCUCAAAGGCUGCGACGCCCACUCUCUUCCAACAACUAAGGCACCAUGAGAUAAGAAAGGUUCUGGCCGGUUUAUGGUUUCGCUCGGAGGCCCCCCCAGCGGAUUUGUAGCGCGUCCCGCCAGCCAAGUCACACCGCGGUCUCGUCAGCCUGCAGCAGAAUGGGCGGCAAGGAGAUCGAGUCGGGCGUGGAGGUCAAGCAGGGCCAGGCCAGGGACGUGUCGUACGAGGAGGCCAUCGUCCUCGCGGGCCAUGGCAAGUUCCACUUCGGGCUGCUGCUCGUGUGCGGCGGCUGCAUCACGGCCACCAUCUGCGAGCUGCUGGGGGUCGGCUACCUGCUGCCGGCCGCGCAGUGCGACCUGGAGAUGACGGACGCCGACAAGGGCCUGCUGGGCUCCAUGGCCUUCAUCGGCAUGCUGUUCGGCUCGCACCUCUGGGGCUUCCUGGCCGACACGACGGGCCGGCGCAGCGUCAUCACCCUCACGCUGUUCGUCGACGUGGUCCUCGCCGUCCUGGCCGCGCUGGUGCCGUCCUACUGGAUGUUCCUCGUGCUGCGCUUCCUGGCCGGCUUCUUCGUGACGGCCCCGCAGGCGGUGGGCUACGCGUACCUCGGCGAGUUCCACUCCCCCAGCACCAGGGCCAAGGCCUUCGUGUGGGCGGCCGUGUUCCCCGCCAUCGGCCUCAUCUACCUGCCCGGGGUCGGGUGGUGGGUGCUGCCCGCGACGUGGUCGCUGCCGCUGCCCUGGAUGGCCUUCCACUCGUGGCGGCUGUACGUGGUGCUGUGCGCGGUGCCCUCGCUGCUCACCGCCCUGGGGAUGAUCCUGCUGCCGGAGAGCCCCAAGUACCUGCUGGGCCAGGGCCGCGGCGACGAGGCGCUGGUCGUCCUGCAGCGCGUGUUCAGCGCCAACACGGGCCGGCCGCGGGAGGAGUACCCGGUCCUGUCCCUGGCCGCGCAGCCAAACUCGUCCGGGCGGCCCGCCGCGGGCGUCAACCCCAAGUCCCCGCUGGCCAUCAUGCGGUCCGUGUGGGACCAGACAGCACCGCUCUUCACCAUGGAACAUCUCCUCUCCACCUUCCUGGCGCUCUUCAUCAUGUUCGGGAUCAUCGCAGGGGCGAACGGACUACCGACAUGGCUGCCCGAGCUCUUCAACCGCAUGGCCAUGUACGAGACCGCGCACCCCGGACAGUCGGCGAGCGUGUGCGGCUCCAUCGAGGGCCUCAUCGGCAACGCGACGGCGUCGUCCGGGUCGCCCGGUGACGAGUGCCUCGCCGUCGUGGAGACGGACGUGUUCGUCAACAACCUGUACGUGGGCGUGGCGGGCGUCAUCGCGCCCGUGCUCAGCGUGUUCCUGGUGGGGCCCCUCGGCAAGCGGACGCUGCUCAUCCUGUCGCUGAUACUGACGGGGGCCUGUGGCCUGGGCCUCAAGUUCGUCGGCUCCUCGCUGGGCUUCCUCGUCCUGGCGUGCAUCGUGUGCGCCGUCACGGAGAUGUGCAUCUCGCUCUUCUCCAGCGUGGCCGUGGAGAUGUUCCCGACGCACCUGCGCGCCAUGGCCGUGUCGCUGUCGCUCAUGUUCGGCCGCCUCGGCUCCAUCGUCGGCAACCUCAUGUUCGGCUCGCUCCUGGAGACAUCCUGUCCCGCCACCUUCUACGCGCUGGGCGGGGUGCUCAUUGCUUGCGGCCUGUUCAGCUUUAUCCUUCCCCGCCACGGGAAGUUCCAGAACUGAGAAUGGAAGCCUGGCAAUCUAAUUUACGGCCCAGUAUUUAUUUCCGUCGCCCCGUUUUAAGGGGUACCACUUUCUCCUGUAAAUAUAUUAUUUUCGUAAUAAACCGUGUUUUGUAAAUUAA